AAACUCCUCCCAGCUGGAGAACACCGCGGGUUCCCCCUUGCGCAUGCGCACUGGGCUCCCACUCUGCAUCAUGGCGGCGGAAGAAUCGCAAAAUCCAGAGAUUGGUGAGUUUGCUACUACCUCUGUGGCCUUGGAAUAUCAUCAGGAAGGGGAGAGUGGAUCCAACGUUACCGCCGUUUCUACCUCCGUAAGUGCCGGGAGUGAAGUUCCUGAUGUAGAGAUGAGUUCUAACCAGGAGACCAGUACGGUUCAAACACGGUCAGCUCAGAAGGCUGCGACCACAGAGGUGAUGGUGUCCACACGGGCCAAGAUGACCAUUUCUCCGAUGAAGCCGGGGACAAGCCGAGCAUCGCAGCAAGCGGAAGCGAAGGGCGUGAGAAACUUCACCAACAUCUUCACGUCGGUAUCUCAGGGAACCCCUUCUGUGGGCAGCACGGCGGUGAUAGCGUCCACGUCUAGCGACACCGGUACUCCUAAGUACAACCUCCGUGGGACCCCCAACAUGGCAGACUCACAACCGCCAGGCUCACAGCGUAGCACUCGUAAGCGGACAGCCAGGAAGUCGACCCAAGCUGGUCACCACCACACUCGAGUAGUAACCGUGGAGGAGGCGCCACCAAGCGGCGGCGAAUCCACAACGAACACGGAGCACUCGUCAGCGACCAGUUCAGAGAUUGGCGAAGAGGAGGGAGAGCAAUCGGAGGAUCUGAAUGGGGAAGAAAGCGACACUCCGAGCGGUAGACGGUUGAGGCGACAAAGAGGCAGACCGAGAGGCACCGGCCACGAGAUCAGCAAACAGAAGAAACAACAGCUCCUGAAGACGUUACAAGACGCACUGGAGACGAUGAACUCGGAACAGGAAGGAGACCGGGAAGAUGAGGAAGCCACGGAGAAAAGUAGCGACAGCGGGUCGGCCACAAACGACGUCACGGCGAGCAACAUGCAUGACUACAUCAGGACAGCUAAGCCGCCAAAACCCAAGUCUAAAACUGUGAAAGAAAUGCUGCAAGAGAGGAGAGCAGAGGAGAAAGGACUCGCCAGCUAUGCCACUAUUGCCCCACAGGCCAUCACCAUAGUCACAGCUGAGGAUGUGAUUGACAAGGUGAAAUCAGCGCAGGGGGCGGAGCCAGGGCAGGACACAGCAGCUGCAGAAGCAGAGGAUGAUGGGAAGGAUAAGGAGGGAGAGGUGGUGGAAGAAAUGGCAGUACAAGAGGAGGUGAUGGCAGAUGAGAAUGAGGAUGAGGUAUUCAAUGAAGAGGAUUCAAACCAGGAACCUUUGGAGAAGAAAGAAAAGGUUGAGGAAGAUGGCCCGUCGUCUGCGGCCGCAGUAAACCUACGCAAGAAGAAAAACAAGCGCCCCAUAGGUUUCACCUACAAGAAGAGGAAAAAGCCUAAAAGAAAAAAUAACGGUAGUAGCUCCGAUUUGAGCGACGCCUCCGGCCAUCCGAGUUCCUCAAAUGCCUCUACCCCCAGCAGAUCAGGAAAUGGAAAAGAAAAUGGACAGAAUCAGCAAACCAUAUGGGACAUGGCCGACAUUCCUCACUGGCUACGACCGGCACCAAAUCGAACUGCAAAAGUCUCAGCCCAGCAAGAAAUUGACAAGCAGUUUGAUAUGCAGUUUGUGAAUCGUUCUGAGCCCCCCCUGUGCAGCUGUAAGAUGGAACCUCCCAGGCAUAUGGACUUGAAGAAAAACCCUGGUAUCUACUGUAUGGCUAUAGAAAGCUGUGAUGGAAAGUUGUUUGGAUGCAGGAACCUGAUCAGUAAGGCCCAGAUGGUUCGCCCCUCCAGUCGAGUACCCUUCAUGGGUGUGUGUGAGCAACACAGGGCCAGGAUGCAAAAACAUCAGUGCUGCCCAGGAUGUGGACAGUUCUGUACAAUGGGCUCCUUUCUGCAAUGUUCCCUUGGGGAAAACAUCCACCACAACUUCCACAGGGACUGUGCGACUAAGAUUGGACAUGACACCUACUGUCCCCACUGUGGGGAGGACGCCACCAAGGCCAAACCCAUGUUUGUGGCCCCGCCCAAACAGCAACCAGCUGCCCUGAAGGAAGGGGCGGAGUCUCCCAAAGCCGACCCUCCCCCUAAGAGCACUCCAAGUGCCCGUAUGACAGUAAUGGAGGGGGUACAGGAAGAAGAAGAGGACCUCACACUGCCUUUCCACAGUGUCACCCUCAAAAAUGGUGGUGUCAUCUCAUCAGCUGAACUUCCCAUGGGUCCUGGUAGAGAACUUUUGGAGCAGGCACUGAUGUCCUUUGAAGGAGACAGGCCCAAAAAGUUGAGGUUCUUCCCCAAGAAUCUGUACCUGUCUGCAAAGCAAGGAGAGCUACAGAAGGUGCUGUUCAUGCUGGCUGAUGGUUUUGAUCCAAACUACAAGUUCGAGUCCAACAACAAGGCUACGGCCAUGCACGCAGCAGCAGAGAAGGGCUUCACAGAGAUAGUCCAUAUACUCAUUCAGGCUGGGGGAAAUAUUGAUGCCACUUGUGAAGAGAUGAAGACUCCACUGCUGAUGGCUGCAUACAACAGCCAGCUGGCAGUUGUGCAGUAUUUCAUCAAGGCUGGAGCCAACAUCAACCAAAAGGAUAUGGAGGGUCUCACAUGUCUACAUCUGGCAGCUAAGGCAGGGAACCUGGACAUCUGUAAAUACCUGCUUUCCACAGGCAGCAUUGAUGUGAACGUUCAGCCUCAAUGCCAAGUGUGACAUCAACAGUAUCAACAUCCAUGGGGACACGCCCCUGCACAUCGCAUCUCGUGAGAACCAUUACGAGUGCGUGGUCCUCAUCCUUUCCCGCGGGGCUGACGUGGAAAUUCGCAACAAGGAGAACGAAACGCCGAUCGACUGUGCUGAGGUGAACUCCCAGGUCUGGAUGGCCCUACAGAUGAAUAAGAAGUUGAAGGCUGUGGCUGCGGCUCGUGCUGUCCGCACCGAGAAAAUUCUCCACAGGGACAUCUCCAAAGGGCGCGAGAACGUGCCCAUCCCGUGUAUAAACGGGGUGGAUGACGACCACUUCCCCGCAGACUUCAUGUACAUCACAGAGAGCUGCGAGACUUCCACACUCAGUAUAGACAGGAACAUCAUCCAUCUACAAGGGUGCCAUUGUGAGGAUGACUGUUCCUCUAAUAACUGUGUGUGUGGACAGAGCAGCAUCAAGUGCUGGUACGACCAGGACGGCUGCCUACUGGAAGAGUUUAACAAGAUCGAGCCCCCGCUCAUUUUCGAGUGCAACCGGACGUGCAACUGUUGGAUGAACUGUCGGAACAGAGUGGUGCAAGCUGGACUCAGGUUGAGGCUCCAGUUGUUCCGGACAAAAGGAAUGGGCUGGGGUGUGCGCACACUACAGGAUAUACCCCGGGGAACGUUCGUGUGCGAGUAUAUAGGUGAGAUCAUCUCUGAUGCAGAGGCUGACCAGAGGGAAGACGACUCUUACCUUUUCGACCUGGACAACAAGGAAGGAGAGGUGUACUGCCUUGACGCUCGUUUUUACGGUAACAUUGCCCGCUUCAUCAACCACCUUUGCGAACCCAACCUGAUUCCCGUCCGCGUGUUCGUGGAUCAUCAGGACCUCCGCUUUCCCAGGAUAGCCUUCUUCACCGCGAAGGACGUCAAAGCAGAGUUUGACUAUGGUGACAAGUUCUGGGAUAUCAAGUCCAAGUACUUCUCUUGUCACUGCGCAGCGGAGAAAUGCAAGCACCGACGCAACGACCGUGGCUGCCAGUCACAGGGAGAGUCCAACGGCGACGUCUUGGACGUCGAGAAUUGACGACCUCUGUUAUAGUUUUCUAUCGUUUUAGGGUAGCCAAUUUCGCUAGUACUGCCAUACAUGUAACUUGUACCGUUAGGAGAAUGCUGCCAUAAGUUUUUUUUUUUUUUUCGAAGACAAUGUGUUUUUUUAAGUCUGUCAAGAUUAUUUCUAAGCAACAAAGUCCCCUUCAGUGUAAGCACUAAGUAGCCAAGAACCCAAACUGAAUGUAAGGGAACCAUUUUCAUACCACUCAAAGAACAGUCCGCUUGAUUUGUGUUCUUUUUCUGGGAAAAGGCAAAGAUAUUUCUCUGUUGAGAAGAGUUAUGAAGUAGCUGUAUUGAUAGUUAUUAUUAUUUUACUUUUAGUGAGGGAAGUACAAAAACAUAUGACUGCUUGCCCAUACCCGCAUGUUACGGCAUGUACAUCUAUAUUGUGCCAUAGCACGUUUCUUUUUGGUCAAGAAUUGUGCACAUUUUUACCACAUUUCCUCAUGGAAUCAAUAUGUUAGUGUUGAAUUUUGUAGUGUCUACGCCUUUUUAAAAAUAGAUGUUGAAAUAAGAAAAGGCUUUGUGGAAUGUUGUUUCCUUUCUAAAAGCUGAUUUUUUUCUUCAUUGUUGUCCCAGUCAAAAGAGAGUAAGGUACUAAGUAAGGACGCGGUCACAAUCGCUGUGUGAUCGUAUGAGGGCAAACUGAGGGCAUUCUGUGUGUGAUUGUCGUGCAUUUGUUCAGCAAAGUCUUGUUACCAAGAGGCACUUUAAUAUCUUUGUCAGCAUUUUCUUUCUGUCACAGCCUGGUUAAAAAUACUACAGAAUUAAAAUUGUACGAUGACCCAUGACUGAUUUAACCGUGCCUUAAACGGGUAUCACUGAAGCUGUGGCACGUUUGAAACCUCGUUUCGGCCAUUGCGCUCAAUUUCAUAGAUGAAAAGAAUCUUUUUGCACUUUGUGUGUGUUGUUGUCUGUUUAGCCAUACUUGUACAUUUUGCAUGAUGCAUUUAUUCCCAUUAGAAAGUCAAGCGUAACACAAGUCCAACCAGCGACAAUGCCAAAGUGCCGCAUUUCAGUGAAAUACCUAUUUUAAGAAAACCACUGUGUACAUGUUUUCAGUAUGUUACACCUGCUUGUGGUAGGUAAUUACAACAUGUCCUUCCUUCUUAGCACUCAUGUUUUGUAGAACUAAGAUUAUUUUAUACAUUCUGGUAUUUGCUGCAUCAGAUUUCUUUUCUACCGGUCAAGAAAUAGCAAGAAAACACGUAGGGAUUCUUUUUUGCUGCAUGAAAAACAUUCCAUAAGUGUUAGGAUGAUUUGUACAACUUUAUUAAUGUGUUUGAAUAUUAACUGUAUGACUCAAUUGAUUUUUUCCCUGUAGUUUUUAUGUAUAGAAGCUGUCUAACAAUGUUCUUUGAGUUACAUGUAUAAGCAGUGCCCCCUAUUGUAAUAGGAGAGAAAUGCGUCUUUGUGCCAAAGUUAUGUGUAAGCGACACAGUAUGUCUGUAUGAUUUGGGCUGUGAAUCACAGUGUGUUUUAAAACUGUUUCUACAUUCAUCAAUAUUACAAAGUAACAUACAGUCAUCUUUAUUUUACAGCUUACUAACUGCCGUUUAAAACUUGCUGCAUUUGUAAACUCUAACUUCAUUCUGGUGCUACUUGAACUCACGUAGAAUAUAGUCCAAGAAGGGUUUGUGAACAUUUUUGGAUGUUACAGAAUUUUAUGUAAACCCAUGUUGAAAAGAAAGGCACACAGAAUCAGGAAUACAGAUUUCCUCUUGUGCCAUUUUUGGUCACAGGUUUUGACAGUACAGCCCGGUAAAGGUUUUUGCUUCACAAACGUGUAACUAAUGGGGAUGGAGCAUUACCAUGCAAACAGUUAAGUUGUUAUUUCAUCGUUGGUCAACAGUUUUUGUGUAAAACUAGCCCAAAAUUCUGGAAUAUUUCCCUGAAUUUUAAGAUCAUACAAAUCAACCAAUCAACAAUGUAUAGAAGAUUAGUAAGUUUAAGAUGUUUGUAUUUGGUAGGUUGAAGAGAUAUUGUGUGUGAGUGUGUGUGUGUGUGGAUGGAAAUUUUAGAAAGGUAGUCAUUAUACGAGAAACGUCAUUCUAGCAGCGUCUACAGAAUUGCAGAUGGGAAGGAAGUAGACAGGGGGCGCUUUUCAUAGGAAAUAGACUGUGUUUGUCCACAGUUGGCAGGAAAUUCUUGUCUGGUGCAAUCGCUUCCAGUCAGGAUAUUUUUUAUAAUGUACAUUUUUGUGAUUUUGUAGCUAUGUAAUAAACACCUCUGACAAUGGUGAAA